ACCUGGAAGAGUCAACUUCUCCAUAGCUGGGAGUUGACCGUGAAGGUUAGGCGGGCUCUUGCUCUUGGACAGAGAGCAUCAAUUUCAGAUUUUUAAUGGUUGGACAUUUUAAUCCUCUUUCUGCAACGAUGACUGAAAGGCAGCUUGGAUGGCGAGAGGUAUUUCUGAUCCUCACAGUACUUCCCUGCUGCAGGAGUAUUGAGGUUUCUAUUCCACAGAAAAAUUAUCGGGCUGUAAGCGGAGAUGAUAUUACCUUGACCUGUUCCUUCAUCCCAGCCAGACCAGACAACAAACUGAUCGUCCUCACGUGGGAAGCUUACCCUCUUAAAUCUGGUGAUAAAAUUAAAACAGUGGCCACCUACUUUUCAAACAACGUGGUUGACAUUGCGCCUGCUUAUGAAGGCAGAGCCUUUCUGGAGGUUGACCUUAACCAACAAAUGAGCGUACUCCGCCUAACGAAGGUGACCGCGCAGGACAGCCGCAGUUACCAAUGCAGUGUCAGGAUCCCCAAUGAUGACGAGGGAACACCAACUGCCACCACUUCCCUUUUGGUCCUGGUGCCUCCCUCUCCACCGGUCUGCAGCAUUCAGGGAAGAGCAGAGUACUGGCAAGACAUCAGCCUCACCUGCAAGUCUGAGGAGGGGUCCCCAAAACCUGUGCCUGUGUGGAAGAGCUACAGCGUCGAUAACCUUCCCAGAAGAUUUCCAGUGAAGACAAUCGAAAAGGAUGGAGUUCUGUCUCUCUUCAAUAUUUCAAGAGAAAUGUCUGGGUUCUACAUUUGCACGUCAACAAAUGAAGUUGGUUCUGCCAGCUGCAACCUUACCUUAGCUGUGAUGCCCCCCAGCAUGAACAUUGGGUCCACGGCUGGUAUAAUUGGAGGAGUCCUCGCAGGUUUCGUAUUUCUGGGGAUUCUCAUCUUCUGUUGCUGCCGGAAAAAGGGCAACAAGGACAAGAAUGCUGAAGGUGCCCCUGGAGAAGUGUUUUAUGACAGAGAUGCUCCUGAAGCUGGAGAGGAGUACUGUGACGACAAGGCAGCCAGCGAGAAACAGCAAGCCAACCAGAAAGAGUACACUGACGUUGUUCCUCAGAGUAAUUACAGCGUAGGAACAGCUGGACACAAGAUUGAGGAUGAUCAGCACAGUUAUAACAGUGGUAAAGAAAGACAUGGUGGCAAGGGCAGUGAUAUUGACUCUAGACGUUUCCAGGACGACCAGCAGGACCACUAUCGUGGAAGUCGCGAUCGCCUUGACGAUAAACCUAACCAUUACAGUGGCAGUCACGAUCGCCUUGGCGAUCAACGCGAACGUACCAGUGGAAGUCACGACCGCCUUGACGAUCAACGUGAUCGUUACGGUGGCAGUCGCGAUCGGCUUGACGACCAACGUGAUCGUUAUGGUGGCAGUCGCGAUCGGCUUGACGACCAGCGCGAUCGUUACGGUGGCAGUCGCGAUCGGCUUGACGACCAGCGCGAUCGUUACGGCGGUAGUCGCGACCGUCUUGACGAUCGCCGUGAUCGUUACGGUGGAAGCCGUGAUCGCCUGGAGGAUCACGGCAAUCACUAUCGUAGCAGCCGUGAUCGCCUCGAUUACAUUGACGAUCAAUAACCCUAACCUCGUGUUACUGAAUGUUAUUUUAAAUCUUUUUCUUAUUUGAUACAAUUCUAAAUAUUUUACUCACAUCGUAAAGAGACUCAGGAAUAUAGAUUUUUACAUCCUCGCAAAUUCUCAAGUAAAAGCAAAUAUUCAAAUAACGAGGAACUGAGGAAGUUAGAAAUACAGGGUUGUCUCUCAUACAAGCCUGCCCCACAUACAGGCCUGGUUCUGUCUGCUGAAGGUAAAUAAAGUUCACUAGUUGAGAGUUUACAGUCGAGGCUUGUGACUACUGGUUUGUGGGUCUAACUGCCAAUGUAUAAUCUGAGCUAACUGUACUUACAGAUACAGAUGAUCCAGUUAUUACAGUGAUUCUGUUGAAUUGAAGGGGACCCAGGGAGUUUAAUUAAAAUGUAUAGGCCUAACAAUAGUUUCAUCAUAAAUAUAUCAUUGUCGUCAGUCUCUUGAACCAGAAUAUAUUAGCCUUCUAAAAUGUACUUACAAGAUUUACAAUUUAAGUACAAGAAAUUUAAUUUUUAAAUUCUUUUUAGCUUUAAUAUUGUUUGUUUGCUUUUUCGUGAAAACGUACCAUGUGCCUAAAUCUAUAAACGUUAAUAAAUGUAAUUUGGUCAUAAGACACCACCCAAUCAUUAAUACAUUAAUACAUGUAAAGCUCAUAUAUUCAGGCAACCUAGCUACUACAGCAGUUUUGGGCAUUGUUCAGGCAAAAAUAUGGUGUCACCAUAUAAAAUGUCUACAUUAUCUUUAAGUGUAUUUGUGAUUAAAAGUGCAUCAGCUGCAUUUAGGCUCCAUUUAAGUCUUAACCCUCUUUGUAUGGUUAUUGCAUUUUGUCCUUUGCAAGUGUUUGAUUUGGGGGCAGAGAAAGUGCUAGUUUAUAUUGAGUUGAUUUUUUACUUAAAGUGAUCAUUUAUAACAUGUUUGUGUGCAGCUUUUUGUUCAUGUUUUUAUGUGAUAAACGAUUAAUGUAAGCAUUUUUUAUAUAUAUACAUAUAUGUAGCUAAAUCCAAAACGAGUUCAAUAAAGAAAUUUGGUCAAA